GUUUCUCGUUCUGCCCAGUUCGAUCGGCAACGGGAGCGGAGAGAGGAAAGCAGAGAGCCCGAAGGCAGCAGCCCCCACCACCGCCGGCCCAGGUUACCAUCUAGCACCGGGAAACACACUAGAGAGCCACCGCCGGCAAAAACCAUUACCAACCAGGAACCAUGAGCAGCGAAGCCGAGACGCAACAACCGCCGCAGCCUGCCGCCGAUGCGGAGAGCCCAUCCAGCCCGGCAGCCGCAGCUUCCGCGGGGGAUAAGAAGGUCAUCGCAACAAAAGUCUUGGGUACAGUCAAAUGGUUUAACGUCAGGAAUGGUUACGGUUUUAUCAACAGGAAUGAUACAAAAGAGGAUGUUUUCGUACACCAGACGGCCAUCAAGAAGAACAACCCAAGGAAAUACCUUCGCAGUGUUGGAGAUGGAGAAACUGUGGAAUUUGAUGUGGUUGAAGGGGAGAAGGGAGCAGAAGCAGCCAAUGUCACCGGCCCAGGAGGCGUUCCAGUCCAGGGGAGCAAGUACGCCGCUGAUAGGAACCGUUACAGGCGCUAUCCCCGCAGGAGGGGCCCGCCCCGUGGUGGAGACUAUCCAGAGAAUUACCACAGUGAUGGGGAGGGAGAGCCAGGAAAUGGAGGUCGCGACAAGAGUAGCCGCGAGGGGGCAGAGAGCGCCCCAGAGGGAGAGAUGCAGCAGCAGCAGCGCAGGCCUUCCUACCCCGGCAGACGGCGUUAUCCGCCAUACUUUGUACGUAGACGCUACGGGCGCCGGCCCCCGUACACCAACGUACCACGAGGAGAGAUGACUGAGGGAGGUGAAGGCGAUGAGAAUCAAGGAGGUCCAGACCAGGGCAACAAACCAAUGAGACAGAACUACUACAGAGGCUUUCGACCAAGGUUCAGACCAAGGGGUCCACCCCGUCCCAGACCGGUGCGGGACGGAGAGGAGGACAAGGAGAACCAAGGCGGUGAAGGCGGCCAGAACCAGGAGCCCCGCCAGCGCCGUUACCGUCGCAACUUCAACUACCGCCGCAGACGCCCACAGGCCGGCGGCAAACCCGGCCAGGAGGGCAAAGAGGCCAAGGCAGGAGGCGACCCAUCCGCAGAGAAAACGUCCGCUCCCGAGGCCCAGCAGGGCGGGGCUGAGUAGGAACCCGCCCACCGGCACCCACCAUCUCUUUACAUCGUCCGGUUUUUUUGUCAACAAGAAACAUCAAAGAUCUGAGCAAUAAGAAACGGAUUUGACUUGACGAUCGUCACAAGCUUGCACCAUGCAUUUGACCAGAUUACCACCGAUUGCCUGCAGAAUCUAUGCAGACCUGUUUUUUUCCAUUAUUUUUACGUGACAGCUACAAAAAGUUUUGGGGAAACAACAGAUGUUUUUCUAAAUCGGUCCUAAGUUUUUACACCAAAUGGUUUUUAAUGAGAAAUGUAAUUUGAUAUCUGGUCAGUUUGACAUUUUUAAAUAACUUUUUAUGUAUUCAAACAUUUUGACAAAAUGCAAGCUCAAAUAAAAGUCAAAGGAGAACUGUC